AUGAAACUUACUGUUAUAGUGAAACUUUGGAAUUGCGCAACUUCGUUUUGUACUGUUACUUUUACUGAACACGAAACUGGAGUUACAGAUAUUUGUUUUACUCAAAAUGGAAAAGCUGUAUUGUCUUCUUCUCUUGAAGGUUCUAUCAGGGCACAUGAUUUGAAAAGGUAUCGUAAUUUUCGAACAUUAGUAGCACCUAAACAGACACAAUUACAUUUACUUUGUGCCGAUUUUUCUGGUGAUAUUGUUGCAGCUGCAUCGAGAGAUUUAUUUGAAAUUUAUGUUUGGUCUUUUGAAACAAGUGAAGUUUUGGAUGUAUUGACAGGCCAUUCUAAUUUAAUUAACGGAUUAACUUAUUAUGAAAAUACUUUAUGUACUGUUUCUUUGGAUAAAACAAUGAAAAUAUGGAAUAUUGUGGACGGUGGAAAUUGUUUAGAGACUGUUAAUUUAUUAAAUGAGGGGUUGGAUGUUAAAUAUAGUCCAAAUGGAUCUCUUUUAGCUGUUUUAUGUUAUGAUUCUAAUAUAAAUUUAUUUAAUACUUUAAAUACUAGUCAAAUUGGAAUAAUUGAAACAAAAUUAGAUAUUGAUGCAGGAAGGCAGAGAAUUGAUAAAGUUAAAAAGACUACUUCAGAAAAGAAUAAAACAUUUACUUGUAUUGCAUUUUCACCAAACGGUCAAUUAUUACUAGCUGGUGGACAAUCAAAUAUCUUUUGUCUUUACAGUGUGGCUGAUAGAAUUAAAGUUCGAUCAUUUAAAUUAAGCAGUAAUUACAGUUUGGAUGGAGUUAAUUUAGAUAUUAAUUAUCGAAAAAUGACAGAAUUUGGAAAUUUGGAUUUAUUUGAUUUAACAGAUUCUGAUGAAGAAGAAACAAAUCCAAAAAAGAAAAUUAGAUUGCCUGGAACAAAACACACCGAUCUCUCUGAACGUGCUGUUAGACCAACAAUUUCAAUGUCUAAAAAUGCUUUUUCUCCGAAUGGUUUGGAUUUUGCUGUAGCAUGUACUGAAGGUGUUUGUAUUUAUUCUUUAACAAAACCCCGAAGAUUUGAUCCUUUACAACUUGAAUCAAAUGUUACACCUAAAGAAAUACUUAAUUCAACAAUUAAUGGAGAACAUGUAAAUGCCCUUUCUCUAGCUUUGAGAUUAAAUGAUAGAGAAAUUGUUGAAAGAACAAUUGAAGCAAUACCUGUUGAACAAUUACGUGUUGUUAUUGACAAUUUGGGUAUUUCUGCAGCAGAAUUAUUACUUUAUUGGCUAGCAGCAAACAAAACUGGAGGGCCAAUUCCUUCAAAACAUUUUCAUUUUUAUUUAAUUUUAAUUAAAGAAUUGUUAUAUAAAUAUAGUAAAGAAUUUAAAUUAUUAAUUGAUUUAAAUAAUCCAUCACUAACUGCUAUUCUGGAAUUAUUAACAAGUCAAAGCAAUUUAUUACUUGGAAUGUUUGUUUUUUUUUUGAAAAAUAUUUUUUUUGAAACAAGGGGAGGAAGGACUUAA